CCAACAGAGGAGGAUGAAUGCAAGAGAAGAGAGAGAAGAGAGAGUGGAGGAGAAAUAGACCGAAGAAAAAAAAUCCAAAAAGAACUAAAGAGAAAAAACAAGUGAAAGAGAAGUAACGGGACCAAUAUGCCACAAAAGGAGAAUAACUGAGGAUGAAGUAAAUAAAAGAAAGAAGAAAAGAAUUGUGAGGAGAAGAGAGGACAAAACAAGAAACGACUACAAGAAAAUAGGAAAAAGGAAAUGUGAAGAAAAAACAUGUCAGAGAAAAAAUCACGGGACAGAAAUUAUGAAGAGAAGGAGAAAAAUGAAGUGGCCAAUGACCGCCUUCCCCUUCCUCCAUCUGUUGCCAUGAAGAUGAUGACAUCAACAAGAAGGCAGGACUUGGUGUGCAUCGUGUGUUUUGGCAGCUACGACCUAAUAACGCGGCUCCCACGGAAACUGCAUUGUGGCCAUUCUUUCUGCCAGGCAUGUCUGAAGCGACUUGACACAGUGAUCAAUGACCAGGUGUGGAUUCCAUGUCCUCAGUGUCGGCAGAACACACCAAGACCCAAGGGGGGGGCAGCAGGUCUGGACCUGGACCUGGCUUCCUUUCUAGGAGUGAAAGCCCAGCAGACCUGCACAUCCUCCUGGAGCUCUGAUAGCAGGGAUGGGGUGCUGGUCAGAGAUGAAUGCCAGAAUGGAAAGCUGUGGCUUGGGAAGGAGAUUGCAGAAGAUGGAUGGUCACAUGGUGGUCUGGCUGAACCCCGGUUUCAUCGCUACAGCAAAUGCUGCCCAGGCUCAUCCCAUUGGUUGUGCUGCUGUUGGUUCUGCUGCCCCGGGUGAGGCCAACGUAGCGGGACCAAAAUAAAACAAAGGGAGUGAUCUGGCAGUGAAAUCCAUUCUGAGUGAUUCGAUCCAGUUCAAAUACACGUCACCUUGUGACUCAUUCAACUGAUCAAACAGGUUGUCAGAAGAUCUGACGGUUCUGAAAAACUACACUUGAACUCCGAUAAUACAGAGAUGACCCAGAUUUAUAUUCACCUCAGCAACUUGACCUGAAAUAGCUACAAGAGAUUAUGUCACGUGUUUAGGUGGGUCUGAGCUUUCUUUUGAGCCACUGUUCAAAAUUCACCAAUGAAAACAUUCUCUGACUUCAUUAUAGAGAUUAGACAAGAGUAACCCAGGGUUAGUAGACCAGAUAGCCAUCCCCCCUCAGACUGCAGCCGAACAGUGUCCAAUUUCAGCAUUUCAUUGAAGGGUCUAAAGUUUUUUAGAGGCAUGAUGAUAGCUUCUCUGUUUAUUAAUAGUUGGAUCAAAAGGUAUAUUGGUAAAUUAUCAAAAUGGGUUCCAGAUCUCCAUGGCAACAUUUAUCACUCAGAAUGUGCCGGUGCUACUUCAGAAUUGGGUCUGUAAUAACAACAGUGAACUUAAAGGGAUAUUAGGCAAUUUUUUCAUACUUUGAAAUGAUUUUCUUGACUCUUCCCAGAGUUAAUGAAAUGUCACUCAGACCCCACCGCCCUCUGUGACCUGAUUACACAUUUGCAACUUUAGAGUGACGGUCCGCUCUGUUGGGAACUGAGCUGACAUACCUGGCACCGCAGCCUGGUUUCAGCACGUUUUCGAUCAUGAACACAAUUGAUUUGUUUGAUUUAGUGAUGAAUCACUCUUGUAGACAGUAAUGAAGACUGGGAGAUGUUUCAGCUGUUAGAUUAAGGUGUUAAAAAGACAAAUGCACAGCGAGGUUUUUGUUCCACAAAUGGACAGUAGGGGAUGCUAAAAGUAAGCCAAAACUGUCUAGUCUCCCUUUAAUGACCCAAGAAUUUUAAUUCUCUACAAAAUUAGAAAGAAAGAAUGUAAAUUGAUGGUGUUAAACUGAAUAAAGAUGACUGCAGUGUUUUUUGGUCUUAAUGUGUUUAACAUGUGAGAACUCAUUCAGAAAGCUGCUCAUGCACAAACGGCAUCUGAAACUUGUAUGUCACAAAAUUUGUGAUUUAUUAAGAAAAUUAAUCAACUUUAAAGAGCAAGUCACCCCUACCAGAUUCUUACUGAACUCCCACUUUCUGUUUGAAAAAUGCAACAAAUGCUGUUGCCUAGCAGACUGAGAGGGUGUAGCAGCUAAGAAAUACACACACUCACGACAUUGUGACAUCAUAGUGUACCUCUUAGCCAUUAGCGACGGCAGAUUGAAACUCAAAUGCAGUGCUGAGUUUUUGCCUGACGACGGUGCACCGCUGACAGUUUUAGGCAGAAUAUUUAAAUUUUAACUAAGAUGCACUAAAGUGCCGAGUUAUUGACUACAUUUGUCUGCAGCACAAUCAGACACUCAUUUAUAUAGUUUAUCAGCAAAAAAAGAGUUGAUUUGGAGUGACUUGCUCUUUAAGCAAACGCUGACCCUGGUGUACACAACUUUUGGAGAUGGGAAACCUGAUGUUCAGCUGGUGAGAUGGUGACACUUUACAGACCACGCACACAGCAGAAAUGAUAGACAAUUUUACUAUUGACCGUAUCAUGGAUCCCAAAAUAAUAAUAGGUAGUCUCAAAGGCUCCCAUUUUCAAAUACAUAGAAAAAUGUACAUGGACAUUUUCUUUUCUGUUUUAAUUUCGACAUUGCAAAUGCAAAUCUAUCUGAUCUUUUCCAACAAAGUGCACAUCAGACAGCACGUCAUUUCUUUACUGAAUCUGAUCAUAAAAUGAUUAUGGUAGCAAGAAAGAUAUCUGUGAGGGUCUAUGGUCAAAUGCCCUGUGUGUGUUUUUGAUGAGUUCCACCCAUCGACAUAUAAAAAUAUGGACGUAGCCCGCCCAUUGCUUAGCUGGGGGGCAAGUAGAAGCCAAAAAUGGGAGGUUCCCACCUCUGUUUUUUUUUUUGACAGUCACGCUCGGACAAUCCAACAAUGGGAAAAGAGGUGGAGCUGAGGGUGGGGCUGUUACGUUCAGAACAGGGUUGGAACCAUCUACAUAUAUAUACUGGACAAUUCCUGUCCAUAGGCUUGUAUUAUAAGUUUUGGUAAUGCUUCCUUUUACAGUCCCCUAAUUACUAAGUACUCACAUGGUAAUUACAUACAUUGUGAAUUAAAGUGUAUUAUUGUUUCUGAGUUCUUAAACAGUUAUUUCCAUGAAACUCAGGUUCAAUUCUAUUUUUUAUUUUUUAUUA